UCUGGCAUCUUGGCAGCCCUGAGUGCCAUGAUCUCCCUAGAAAUUCCACAAGUUAACAUCAUGACAAAAAUGGAUCUGCUAAGUAAGAAAGCAAAGAAGGAGAUUGAGAAGUUUCUAGAUCCAGACAUGUAUUCUUUGUUAGAAGACUCAACAAGUGAUUUAAGAAGCAAAAAAUUCAAGAAAUUGACUAAAGCUAUAUGCGGACUGAUCAAUGACUACAGCAUGGUUCGCUUCCUGCCUUACGAUAGGUCCGAUGAAGAAAGCAUGAACAUUGAUUUUGCCAUUCAGUAUGGAGAAGACUUGGAAUUUAAGGAACCAAAGGAACAUGAAGAGGAAUUUUCCUCUCUGUUCGAUGAGUAUUUUCAAGAACGGCAGAACGAGGACAGCUGUGGCCACUCUGCAGAACCCUCUUCUCCCUGA